ACACACACACACACACACACACACACACACACACACAGAGUUACAGUUUAAGUGUUAUUAAGGAUGACAGACCUGCUACUGUCAAUUUAGAGAAUGUCCUGCUGUAGCUUUAUUACACAGGGGUGUGUGUGUGUGUGUGUGUGUGUGUGUGUGUGUGUUCUUUCUUUCUUUUUUCUUUAAUUCACACUGUCAGUAGAGACCAUCCAGACACCACGGAUACUGCCACUGUCUCUAUUCUCUGUCCCCCCCCCUCACCCCGUUUAUUCUAUGUCUCUCACAUCCUCUCUCGCUCUAAGCCCCGCCUUCUGCCUUUUCUUGCUUUUAUCUGGUUGGUUGACACUGUCGCGGCGCGCUCCCGUCUCUGGGAUGCGGUUGCCAUGGUAACGGGGCGCCGAGCCCUAGCCUGCUUGCGUGUGUAUGUGUAAGUGUGAUUGUGUGUUUCUAUAUUUAUGUAAUUGUGUGUGUGUGUGUGUGUGUGUGUGUGUGUGUGCGCGUGUCGUUUUUCGCUCUUGCACGCACCAUAGUGGAUGGGUAGAACCGGAAAUCUGGACAUUUCUAUUGAUCAGCACGUGGAGGUUUGACUACAAAAAUACUUUUGUUUUAAUAUAAGAUUUUAUUUUAAAUGUUUAAAAAAAAUCAAAUACUAAAACAGACUCGUGCUAACGGGAGACUGAGCUGACUGCACGCGCACGUUUUGAUGUCUUGAGGAGGAGAAGCGUGCGCAUGGAAGAGAGCGCGAGAGCUAGCGGAGUUUCACCUUCAGCUCGUGCUGAUUCGUGUUCCUGGCGGACGGAAGCACUGUUGCGCGUGCCGUGCUGAUGUCUCACUCGCGCGGGUUUGAUUUGGGAAAAGCUAGGAUAAACAUUCGGAGCGCGCGCGUUUUUGGUUUCGUUCUUUCAUUUAUUUAUCUGUUGAUGUGACGCCGUUGAUGUGAGCGUGUGCGUGCGGGUGAAUGUGUGUCAGUAUGAAUAAGCGCGCGCGGGUGUCUGCUGAACCUUCUGACGUGGAUCAAAUGUCCUUGUCAUCAUCACGUUAACGGGACACACGCGCCGCUGCCAUAUUAAAUCAGAACAAACGAGCGCGCGAACGGUGUGACGGCCAUCAGCACCCACCGGAGACCGGUGGAGCAACAGCGUGAUAACGCGGGAGAGGGGUGGUGGUUAACGGUGAGGUUUCUCUGCUGAUGACUCCGCGAAGACACCGUGGUGAUGGUGAUGAUGAUGAUGAUGAUGAUGGCGCGUCCGCGCUGAAGGACAUAAAAGAACUCGCGCGCGGAUGAAUGACGCUCCAAGGGCGUUGAGGUGAGCAGCAUGGAGGACGGAGGGGCCACAGCGCGCGCUCUCAACACCUGAUGAAGGCAACGAGCGACCUUCACCUUUCUAAACGAAAUGCGCGCGAGGUCACGCUCUAGUGUGUCACUUCAGUGACUGUGUUUGUGUGUUUGUGUGUGUGUGUUUGUGUGUGUGUUUUAUAGAUUGAGUGAGGCAGUGUAACAGGUCAGUGUGUGUGUGACCUCACGCACCAUGGAUGGAUCAGUGGGCGGGACGGUGGGCGGGGCCUCAUCGGACUCUCGGCCUGUGCGUAACGGAGACACGAAGCGGCGCAGUAAGGGGAGUUUACCGUCUCCCGGUUUCCGUCUCUCUCAGGCGUCUCUGGAUGGCGAGGUGGCUCAGAGACGCCGCCCAUCCGUAAUGAGCUCGUCACGAGACGGCACCAGUACGUUCCGCUCCGGCACGGCAGCAGGCACGCCCACCACACCUGGCCCACCUGGCUCUGCGCCCUCUGCUGGCGGGCCGCGUAGUGUGGGAUUUGCUGCGUCCCGCGCUGCUCUCGCAUCCACUUCGUCCUCCGGCACCGGCGUGGUGGUGGUAGCUGCUGGAGGUGGGGGCACAGGAGGGGCGGAGCCAACCACCACUAUUACAACAGCAGCUGGAAGUCCAGAGGUUUUUCCUGGACUGGAUGGAGAGGACUAUUACAGCUACUCAAAUCAGUCGACGUUUAUGCAGCGGCAGCUCGGCGCCAUGUUACAGCCGGGAGUCAACAAGUUCUCACUGCGCAUGUUUGGAUCCCACAAAGCUGUCGAACUCGAACAGGAACGACUGAAGAGUGCUGGUGUAUGGAUCAUCCACCCAUACAGUGACUUCAGGUUUUACUGGGAUCUCUUGAUGCUUCUGUUGAUGAUGGGAAACUUGAUCAUCCUUCCAGUGGGAAUCACAUUCUUUAAGGAUGAGAACACACCACCAUGGAUCAUCUUCAAUGUGGUGUCAGACACAUUGUUCCUGGUGGACCUGGUGCUGAACUUCAGGACCGGUAUUGUGAAGGAGGACAGCACUGAGAUCAUUCUUGACCCGAAAGCCAUUCGCCGCAACUACUUACGGAGCUGGUUUGCCGUUGACUUCAUCUCCUCUAUCCCUGUCGACUACAUCUUCCUCAUGGUGGACCUGGAGGAGCGCCUAGAUUCUGAGGUGUAUCGAACAGCUCGAGCUCUGCGCAUCGUUCGUUUCACAAAAAUCCUCAGCCUGCUGCGCCUGCUCAGACUGUCUCGUCUCAUUCGAUACAUCCACCAAUGGGAGGAGAUCUUCCACAUGACGUAUGACCUGGCUAGUGCGAUGGUGCGGAUCGUUAAUCUCAUCGGGAUGAUGUUGUUGCUGUGUCACUGGGACGGCUGUCUGCAGUUCCUCGUCCCCAUGCUGCAGGACUUCCCACAUGAUUGCUGGGUCUACAAAAACAAUAUGGUGAACGACUCGUGGGGUGUGCAGUACUCGUAUGCUCUGUUUAAGGCAAUGAGUCACAUGCUCUGUAUAGGUUAUGGCGCUCACGCUCCAGAGGGAAUGACUGAUGUUUGGCUAACAAUGCUUAGCAUGAUCGUGGGAGCAACGUGUUACGCCAUGUUCAUCGGCCACGCCACCGCUCUCAUCCAAUCACUGGACUCCUCACGGAGACAAUACCAGGAAAAGUAUAAGCAGGUGGAGCAGUACAUGUCCUUCCAUAAACUUCCAGCUGACGUGAGACAGAAGAUCCAUGAGUAUUAUGAGCAUCGCUAUCAGGGCAAAAUGUUUGACGAAGAGAACAUCCUGGGGGAACUGAGUGACCCACUAAAGGAGGAAAUUGUGAGCUUUAACUGCCGCAGUUUAGUGGCUAACAUGCCGCUGUUUGCUAACGCGGAUCCGAACUUCGUGACUGCGGUCCUCACUAAGCUGCGCUUCGAGGUGUUUCAGCCUGGAGACUUCAUCAUUCGUGAGGGGACCGUCGGCCGAAAGAUGUACUUUAUUCAGCAUGGCCGAGUGAGCGUCCUCACCAGGGGAAACAAGGAGACCAAACUCAGCGAUGGAUCAUAUUUUGGAGAGAUCUGUCUCUUGACCCGUGGCAGGAGGACAGCGAGUGUGAGAGCUGAUACGUACUGUCGUCUUUACUCUCUGAGUGUGGACAGUUUUAAUGAGGUUCUAGAGGAACACCCGAUGAUGAGACGAGCGUUUGAAACCGUCGCAGCUGACCGACUAAACCGCAUUGGUAAGAAGAACUCUAUCCUCUUGCGCAAGACGUCUCAGGGUGGCUCGGUGGCGAGCAGCACUCUGGGCCGUGGGGGCGGGCCUGGGACUGGGGGCGGGCCUGGGACUGGGGGUGGAGCCAGUUGUGGCCGUGGAGGUGCUGGAUCCUGUGACAGCAUUUUAGUGCAGCAGAUUGUCAAACAUGACAGCAUGCCAGCCAUGCAGGAUGUCACUACUGGUAACUGGAUUGGGGGUGUAGGAGGGACUGUGGCAGGGGGUGUGUCCUCACACCCACGGCCAGUGAUCUGGGCUCCAUUAGUCCACGCCCCCUUACACACUGCAGCAGCUGCCUCAAAUGUUGCCAUUACUCUUCUUCAGCAGCAACAACAACAACAACAGGGCAUGUUUCUUCCCACCCCCCUCUCAAUUUGCCCCACCCCUCUACCUAUUUGCCCCUCCCCUGUUCCUAUUUGCCCCUCCCCCUCCUCUGGCCCCCUCUCACCUCCACGUGCCCCUAUUCUGCCACCCCGCCAGUCCCUCAGUGCUUUUAUAAGCCCCCGUGGAAGCCACACUUCUAAUACGUCAACUCCUUCCCCUUCUACAGCAGGCCCACCUAUCAGCGGUGGAGCAGAAGUCACCAAAACACCUUGCGCUCUCAUAUCAUCAGUCCCUGCCCCCUUGCAGGCCAUCAGGACUCUGCAUAACAACCUCCGCCUUCAGACAGAACCAAGUGUUAUGGUAGGGGGAGGGGCUAACACAUUACCUCUGCAGAAAGCCAUGCCACUUUCUUCUCGAGCCAAGGAGGCUCUGAUGCGUCACGUUGGAGGUGGGAGCACUCAGGGCCUCCCUUCAUUGGGCCGUCUGACCCAGGAGGCACGUCUACUCUCUGCCUCUCAGCCCACCCUUCCCCAUCGUGGUUGGCCAAACCCUCCUCUCCAUAGGAAAGCUUCUGGGGGCAACUUACUCCCUGCUCCUUUUGUGAUGUCACAGGCACAGUUUGGAUGGGGGGGCAGUGCGGGAGUGCUUAGUUCUCACAAUCCACAGGUGCAGAAAAUACCUGCACAGACAUCUUUGCCCCUUCCGUCUCCACUCACACACACACAGUCAGCCCCACAGGCCACUCCCCCUCCCACUGGCUCCUCUCCUCCAAAAACACAUGCUUCUUACUCGUCAGCUCAUACCUCUCCAGCUCCAGGUCCUGCUUCUUCUGUCCCCCUGAUGCCCCAAACCCAGCAUCCAAAACCCUUCCCUACACGGUCAUCCCCUUCCCCUACUUUCUCUGCUUUGGAUACACCCACUUUUUCUAACCCCACCCCCUUGGUGCCACCCCAAACUCAGAGUAGUAAGCCCUCACCCACAUCCCCUUCUCAGCCUCAGAGUCCUCGUUCAAAACUUUCUCAGACUCCUCCUCCACCUUCUCCAUUAUCCUUCAUGCCCACUGCAACUCCAUCACACACUCGUACCCCAACCCCCAUUCACACACCUGCUCUGACACCCACCCACACUCAAGCUCCGGCCCCAAUCGUAGUUCCCACCCAGACCAGAACAAACACACCAGCUCAGACUCCAACAAGCUUAAUGACCCAAAUUACACCUCAAACUCCACUUCCACUUCCAGCUCUGACCCAAACUUCAGCCACUCUGCAAAUUCAAAGCAAGGGGAUACCACCAAGUCCAAACAACACCACACAAAUGUCAACUCAAGAAAAUACAGCCAGAUCUUCACCUACUCAAAGCCCGACCCAAAUGCUGAUGCAAACCCAAACUGCAACUCCCACCAUGGCUCAAAUCCUGAGUUCCCUUGAAAAUCCAUCCUCGGCACAAACUCGGAGUUCUACUGAAACCACUUCCCAAAACCAAACUCCAACCCAAACCCGAAACACAAGCCCAGUUCCAAACCAAACUCUAACACAAACUCUGUCUUCAUCUCUUCCAUCCCUAUCACCAAAAGCCUCCUCUUCAACACUUCAAAUCCCCAAAGCAUCCCAGACUCAACCUCCAUCCACCCUCCAAACAUCCACCCUCUACCCUUCCUCAUCACAGUCUCCUACACCUUCUUCAAACCCACCUUCAGUCUCACCAGGACUUGCCAAAUCCACUGCAACUUCAGAUUUAGGAGCAUCAGACAUUGCUUCCUUCAUGUCCUCCAAGUCGGGGAAACCAGACACAACCACACUGCCAUCACAGAGGGAAUCUGAUGCACUAAGACACAAGCUUCCUGCUAACAUGUAAAGGGUCAUAGGUCAUUGCAGCUGGUGAUAGGUUAGAGGUCAUUAUGUGUUAGUGAUUGUAAGCAGAAGGUGUGGGAGCAGAGCUGGAAAAAGAGCGCACUUUAUACCCAAAAAUCUUAUAAAUAGAGUGAACACUUCGUGGAGAAUGUAAACAUGGUGUAGAAAUCACUGUAGUGAGCGGGAGAACGUCAUUUAUCAGGAACAGACACUUUUAUUCAUUAAAGUAUACAUUAAAAUUAAACUAAUGAUAUGGACAGCAGCUUACACAUUCCAAACUGCAGCACUGGUGGGAGGUACAGAAGUGUGAUGUCAUUAUUUUCCAGCUCUGCCCCCUUCAGUCACCUUUUAUUCACCAAAGUGUCAUAUAAUAUAAAUAAUAAUAAUGAUUAUUAAUAUAAAUAGGCAAAAAAAUAUUUCUGUACUAAUUAGGAGCUAUCCACUCAUGGUGUCUUGUCUCAGGUGUUCGGUGUUAGUUUGAGACAGUGCAGCUCUAGUGUUCUUGUACACACACACACACACACACACACACACACACACACACACACACACACUCUCUCUCUCUCUCUCUCUCUCUCUCUCUCUCUCUCUCUCUCUCUCUCUCUCUCUCU